GACUUUCUCCGCCGCUUUCCCCUUUUUGCGCCACUGCCCUUCUCUCCUCAAGACAUUCAAGCUCUCCGACGACGUGAAGAAAUCGCCACUCCGAGCCAGGAGGAAGAGGAGGAGGCGGCGGCGGUGGUGAAGGUGGUGGAGGAAGAGGUAGUGGCGGCGGUUGGGGGGCGGCGGCGGUUGGGAUCGCCAGAGCCCGGCUUCUUGGAUGCUCGCCUUUCGGAGCCCGGAGGAUUUUACAAGGCAAGACCUAAAGAGGUUCUUCUCCGACGACGCCCGGAGAUAGAAAGGACGGACGCUUCCUUCCUUCUCGCCCCCUUGCAAGCAGCUGCGGACUCUGGAAAGCCCUCGGAUCGUUGAAGGCAGACCGCCGGAGGAGGCUCCCCCAAAAGGCCAUGGCAUCAACGGAAGGUGCCAACAACAUGCCAAAGCAGGUGGAAGUGAGAAUGCAUGAAAGUCACCUGAGUCCGGUGGAGCCUCGGCCGAAGAAUAUUUGUAUGCGCCUCUGCUUUUCACUUAGAAAAAACCUGCUCCUUUCACUUACUGUAUUUGGCGUCGUUAUGGGUGCAGUAUGUGGAGCCCUCCUUCGCAUGGCGACACCUAUUAAUCCGGAUGUCAUCAUGUUGAUAGCCUUCCCAGGAGACAUCCUGAUGCGGAUGCUGAAAAUGUUGAUUCUUCCUCUAAUUAUCUCCAGUUUAAUCACAGGUCUGUCUGGCUUGGAUGCUAAGGCUAGUGGUCGAUUAGGAACAAGAGCAAUGGUCUACUAUAUGUCUACAACUAUCAUUGCUGCUGUACUUGGAGUCAUUCUGGUUUUAGCCAUUCAUCCGGGUAACCCAAAGCUCAAGAAGCAACUGGGGGAAGGGAAAAAGAAUGAUGAAGUGUCCAGUCUUGAUGCUUUUUUGGACCUUAUCAGAAACUUGUUCCCUGAAAACCUUGUGCAAGCAUGCUUUCAGCAGAUUCAAACAGUCACCAAGAAAGUGCUUGUCCCUCAAGAGAUUGAAGAACCAGAUAAUGCUACAGACUCCAUCUUUGCCAUGAUGAAUGAAAGUGAGGUGACUGCAGAACCCCAGAUGGUCAUUAAGAAAGGCCUUCAGUUUAAGGAUGGAAUGAAUGUCUUAGGUCUCAUUGGAUUCUUCAUUGCGUUUGGCAUUGCAAUGGGCAAAAUGGGAGAACAAGCCAAGAUGAUGGUGGAUUUUUUCAACAUCUUGAAUGAGAUUGUAAUGAAGUUAGUAACAAUGAUCAUGUGGUAUUCCCCACUGGGCAUUGCCUGUCUCAUCUGUGGAAAAAUCAUUGCAAUCAAAGAUUUGGAAGUAGUUGCAAGACAGCUUGGAAUGUACAUGGUCACUGUGAUCAUAGGCCUUCUCAUCCACGGAGGGAUCUUCUUGCCUAUGUUAUACUUUGUAAUAACAAGGAAAAAUCCCUUUUCAUUCUUUGCUGGCAUCUUUCAAGCCUGGAUUACUGCUUUAGGCACUGCCUCAAGUGCUGGUACAUUACCUGUCACCUUUCGCUGCCUUGAAGAAAAUCUGGGUAUUGACAAGCGUGUGACAAGAUUUGUAUUGCCCGUUGGAGCCACUAUUAAUAUGGAUGGAACUGCCCUUUAUGAAGCAGUGGCUGCCAUCUUCAUAGCACAGAUGAAUGGAAUCGCAUUGGACGGUGGACAGAUAGUGACAGUCAGCCUGACAGCUACCCUUGCAAGUGUUGGAGCUGCAAGUAUACCUAGCGCAGGACUGGUGACGAUGCUUCUCAUUCUCACAGCUGUAGGUCUUCCCACACAGGACAUCAGCUUACUAGUUGCGGUGGACUGGCUCUUAGACCGAAUGAGAACGUCUGUCAAUGUUGUGGGUGAUUCAUAUGGAGCCGGCAUUGUGUACCAUCUCUCCAAGGCAGAGUUGGAUAACAUUGAUUCCCAUCACAAAGGGCAUGAAGAUAUUGAAAUGACCAAGACUCAGUCAAUUUAUGAUGACCUGAAAAACCACAGGGAAAAUAACUCAAACCAGUGUGUUUAUACAGCUCAUAACUCUGUCAUAAUAGAUGAGUGCAAGGUAACCUUGGCAACCAAUGGCAAAUCUGCAGAUUUCAAUGCUGGCGAAGAAGAACCUUGGAAACAUGAAAAAUAAGGACAGGAGCAAAUCCAGACCUAUCUUGAACAAGCCCGGAAUUUGUCUUUUGGUAAAAGCGAUAAGAAGAUUCAACAGGAUUGUCCACUGUUUUUCAUUUAACUUAACAACAAUCUGCAUAAAAACAGUCUGCUUACUUGAUGCUGAUACUUGUAACUUAGAAACGGUCUUAUGAAGUCAUUAUUCCUUUAGCAUCUUAAUCAAAUAAUUCAUAUCAACCUGGCUCACUUGUGUCACCAUUUGAAUGGAUGUGGCUGGAAGACACUCUGUUGGUUUCAGAGAUACAUUUUUUCUGGGCUUCCUCUCUUCACUCAAGACAUAGAGAAUGUAGAUGCUAUAAAGAGGAAAGAACAAAAAGCCACAAUAUUGUUGGCUCACUUCAGGGACUCAGGCUAAAUUGUAAGCAUUAAGUAUUGUGGAAACCGUGCAGUAUUUGCAUUGUCUUUUAUUCCUGCUGAGCUCCCCAGCUGCCACUUUGGUGUAGACUGAAUGCAGCAGCCAUUGCAGACUCCUAUGAGGAUCCGCAGGAUCUUAUCAGGGAUUUAUCUUGUUCUAAGUAUAAUUGUGAAAAUUGUGACUGCAAAUUGCCAGUAAUUAACAAGUGGCCACUCGUAUUCCUGGUCAUGGACAAGUCAUGAUUUAUGCAAUUACCCUUAGAAUGGUGUAAAUUCCUGAUAGGAUUCUGGGCCAUUAUCACUGCAGAAUGUUUUAUAUGAACUUUGACCAUUCUUAGUACAUGGCAUUCUUGCUUUUCUGUUCUUCAGGCUAGUUCUAAAUGUAUCCAGACUCUGUAAAUCAGAGCUUUGUAAUUCGGGGCCUCAUGUUUUCCAGAUUUAUACACAUACCCAUCAAUUUACGCCAUAGCACUUGGUGCUGAGAUUUGUGCCCCACUGCUAUGAACCAUAAGUCUCUGUUUAGAUUUAAAGGUACAAGAACAGUGACUUGUUUAGAACUGUGUGUUGUGUACACACGUGUAUUCAGAGGCACCAAUGUGCAUGUGUAUAGUACUGCUUUCCAAAAAGAAUUAAUUUCCUUAACAACCUGCAGAACUGAAUUUAUUGUGCCCAUGGCUCUCUGUUUUAUAGAUUUGUAUAGAACUUAUUUCCAGAAGAUUAAUUUGGGACUAAGAAACUUGCCCCAUGUUGUUUCAGAGUUAACAACCCGUACCAGGAGGUAUCCUGCUCAUAUCAUUGCACUGCUCAUAUCAAUGCAGCUACACUGCAGCUAGCCCAAUUGAGUAUAUCUAUAGAUUUUGAACAACAAUUAGUACAAUUCUGAUCAUCUACAGAAACAAAAACUGGGCAGGGCUUUGAGUCCAGCAGUAUCAUGAUAUGUACCACAGAAAUGUAUAUCAUAAACUUGCUGACAUUCCAGUGCAGCUAGAUCAGCAAAACAACCCCAGUUCUCAGCAUAUAGCAUCUAACUAUUUGUUGAGACUUGGGAGGAAAUAAGGUGCUAUUCUUUAAGGAUGAUGUGUUCAAGAGCAAAUAGCCUACCUAACAUUCCUUUUUCUAAGAAAUGAGUAUGCUUAGCAAUAUUAUGCAACAUUUAGCAGGAAUGUCUAUACUGGUUCCAAUGAGCUAUUUAAGGUAUUAGAUACCUUGUCUCACAAUAUCUCUCAUUUGGUCUGGUAAACCAAACUUCAAAUCAUAAGAGAAUGAGCAUUGUCAAAGGCCAUAUUACUUGUUGGCUUAGACGUGCCAAUAAUGUGAAUUUGAAAUGGCAAUAUGUUACAUUUUUUCUUAAUUUCUGUGUUAUCUUCACUGUAAUAAUUUCUAGACAACCCAUCAUACAAGAAUCCCAAUUAUUGCAGCAAACAUCUGCAAAUUUACACAGGGUCUUUUUCUUUCUUUUUCUGGUAGAUCUUUUCUGCAAAGUCAUAAAAGGUGUUGUCUUUCCCCAGACAGGUGAGAAGGGACCCCCAUAGGCUUCAAUCCAUGUCUCUGUUUUAUCCACACAAAUAAUUUGCCAG